GAAGUUGUCUACCUAAGAAAUUGAGAAAUUGUGUUGGCAGAAAAAAAAUCGAGUAGUGAAAAUGGGAAUGCCAUUAUUUGUCACCAUUUUGCACUCAAAUAUUUAUUAAAUAUCAGCAAUUAUGAUUGUUGUUUUUAAUUUAAAGGACAGAUAAAAUAAUACAGACCAGUCCAUGUUAUUUUAAGUAUUAGAUUGAAAAUCAUUAAUAAGCAAAAUGAGUAACGAGGCGAGCGGUGGUAUUAAAGAGAAAACACAUGUUAUCUUGUUGAGGAAGGGGUCAAACAGUAGAAUGGCCUUAAAAGAAAAGAUAGUUCAAAUAUAUGAAGCAUUUUUUCAGGGAGAAGAUCCUUCCAGAGGAAAUGCUAAUUUCUGGGAUGAACUAUUUUUACUCAAGGUAAAUACCCAGUUUAUUGAGGCUGAGAUAGAGAAGUUAAGUGGCGAAGGUUUACUCAAUUUGAAGGAGAAUUUCAACUUAUUGUUUUAUAAAGCUGUAGAAAGUUUAAAUCAAGAAAAUCCGAUCAGAAUUAUUAAUGCUCUACAGACGUUGUGUGCUUUAAUUCGAGGUAUAUUUAGAAAGAGUACUGGUAAUUAUGGUUUUGAUAUUAUUAAUCUCCUAAUUGGUUUUGAUGCAGCUGAUUCAGUAAUGCAGAAUUUAGUGGAGAGUAUCAAUCAUUUUUUAACUGGAGAUUUUCCAUGCAGUUUGAAACAGUUUUCACUCAAGUUUCUUUUGGUUCUUAUAACAGCGACAGAUAAUAUCAGUCAGAAUACUAUGUUAGAAUAUAUUAUGAAUAAUAGUGUUUUCGAGUCCCUUAUCCUGAAUUUAGGAAAUCAGUUGUUUCGGUUACAGUUAGGUCAUGAUGCUGUAUCGGUUCUCACUAUGUUAGUUCAAUACAGAAAAUAUGAGUCAGCUAAUCCAUAUAUUGUGAAGUUAUCUAUUUUAGAUGAUGAACUGGCUCUUACUGGUUAUGCUCAAGUUGUAUCACUUCUCUUAUCAGAUUUUAAUAGAGAUUAUCAGACACAGACCAAUGAACAACAAACUGGCUGGUUCUCAUCAUUAGCAAAUAUGGUUGGAAAUAUGUUCGUGCCCGAAGAAAAGAAAAUUGAAUCUGUAAAAGCCAACGAUUUAAUUCUAUUAUCUCUUUAUGAAGCAAUACAUCUUAAUCGAAAUUUUAUAACAGCUUUAACUCAUUCACAUACACCAUCAACAGCAACCACCCCACCAUCAUCACCAGUUCUAUCAAAACCUCCAGCAUUAGAUCUACAAGUUACAGAAAAUGGUAAUGGAGAUGAAAGUAAUGCUACACAACCAACUAACUUAUUGGUUACAUUUCUAGAAUAUAGUUCUAUUGUUAUGCAAGAUACAAAAGAUACAGUACGCCAUAAUAAUGCUAAACUGUGUUUAAUAAUAUUAACUUGUAUAGCAGAGGAUCAGUAUGCCAAUUCCUUGAUGCAUGACGUCAAUAUGACGUUUAGAGUUCCAUUACAUCGCAUGCCAAUGAGACAUCGUAAAGUAAAGAUAGAAAAAUAUCUGACAUCUAGACCAUUGGUGGCUUCCUUAUUAGAUUUAAUGGUUGAAUUUACAAUGAGUCACAUGAUGAAGUUAUUCCCUAUGGAACUCUAUUUAAGAAGUCUUGGUAUUAUACAUCGUGUAUUGUGUUAUCAGAAGAAAUGUCGAGUUAGAUUACAAUAUCCCUGGAAAGAAUUAUGGACAGCAUUAAUCAAUCUGUUAAAGUUUGUAAUGUCACAUGAAACCGCACUUAUUAAAAAACAUGACAUCUUUAUUCUAUCUUCUAAGGUAGUCAAUGUAUUUAACUUAUUUGUAACAUAUGGUGAUACUUUUCUGCCUAAUCCUAACAGUUACGAUGAAUUAUAUUAUGAAAUAAUUCGAAUGCAUCAAGUAUUCGAUAAUCUCUACUCUAUGGCAUUGAGAUAUACUACUACAGAAGGUGAAUAUAAAGAUUCAGCUGCCAGGCUAACUAAUAAUCUAGUCAAUGUCAGAGCAAUUAUAAAUCAUUUUACACCAAAGGUUGAUUCCUGGUCAGCUGCUAAUAAUCUUUCUUCUUUAACAGAAGAUCAGGUAUUGGAAGUUGUUAGGAGUAAUUAUGAUACAUUAACAUUAAAACUACAAGAUAAUUUAGAUCAAUUUGAAAGAUAUUCAGAAAAACCAAAAGAAACACCUUUUUUUACGCAAUUGGUGCGUUCAAUAAAUUGUGAUGUAAGAAAAAGUGUCUCAAAUUUAUCAGCACAGCAUCAUGAUAUGUUAAUGGAACUAUCUCACGUAUCCUAAAAAAAACUCUUCAAAACUAUCAGUCUAGUUAUGUUUGAUGAUGUCUUUCAUUAUUAGUCACAACCAUUCAACAAAUAUGAAUGUGCUGCCCGACAAACAUCAGAUGUCUAAUUCCAGGCAGUAUUGUGGAGUAAUUAAAAUCCUGUAACUCCUUGUAUUGUGUUCAGUUAAACUAUUUUAUUGAUAUAAUGGUUGUCAAACGUGCAAUUGAUUAUGUAUGAGUACUGCCUGGAAUCAUAUGCUGGCUUAUCGUAGGAUGAGUGGAUACAAAACACUUGUGAUCGUAAUGAAAUGAUGAUAGAAGUAACAGAAUUAUAUUUAUGCAAGCAUCUGGAUAUGGUCGAAGUGAUUGUUAUAUUUAUAUAAAAAAAUUUAUGACAUUUUCAGACUACCCUGUAACAAAAUAUGAUGGCCUACUAGAGACAAAGGUCAGCUACAGAGGGUUGAGUAGUUUGAAUGUAUGAGUUUCUGCUUUGUCAGAUACAGAGAGAGAGUAAGAAAGGUUUAAUAAUGGCCAAUUAUAAUUUGGCACAGAGAGAAUGUAUGUUUUAUUUCUGUGUGUAAAUGGUGGUAUAUGCAUGUAUUUGAAAAGCUAAAUGACCAGCAUCGGUUAGAAAUUUAGUCAUGUGUGUAGUAUUUAAUGAAAUCUUUUUAUUUGUCCGAAUGCGUAAUAAGAAAUUUUUGUCUUGCUUGUUGAUUUACGUAUAAUGUGAAAUGGAUAUUACUGUAUUAAUAUUAUACUACAUGUAAUUUAUCAGUUGUUGAUAGUUGUUUUUUGUAUAAAUUAUGGUGUGUGUAUACUGUAAUGGGACAAUACAAUAUUACUACAAGAAAUUAAAUUAAUAGUAGACUAGAAUGUGUUCUGAAAGUAAAAUAUACAUGUAGUAACCUGUAGAUCAAUUUAUUUCUACAUUUAAUGCCAGAAAAGUCAAAGUAGUUAGCUACAACGUAACAAAAUACCCAUCAACCGAUCAUUCUCUACUAUAUAUCGUCGGUGAAGUGUCAAGAGGGUGUAUCUAAGAAUUUUGAAAGAUUAAGAAAUAGAACCUUUUGCAUUUUUAAAAUUUCCCAAUUAAUAUGGACAUUUGUCUAAGCUGUGUAUCUUUCUGCCAAUUAGAACUGUUCUGAGUAUCAUGUGUAGGGUGGCCCACGCACCUACAGAAAUACAGUCCACCGCUGAUAGUUCGAGACUACCACUGAAGCGUGCACAUUCGCCGUGUCGAGGCCAACUUUCUGACAGUAUGAUACUAUAAAUAGCCAUGGCACGUGCAAUUCUCUACAAAUCUAUCAACUAUUACAGCCGUAAAAAAAUUAUUGUUGACGAUUUUGAAUAGCAGUGAAAUUAAGCUUCUUGGUUAUUACAGCAGAUUUAGAAAUUACGUUCGUUUCAUUUUUUAAAUCGCUUUAUCAUUAACUGUACCGUUAAGAGCGGCAUCUUUUGGUUUAGUACAAAUAAUAUCUCAGAAACACUCGGUUAGACAGGAACAUGAUACUAGCAGUAGUUUCAUUUUACUUUUACAAGCUUCUUAAAACAAUUGUUGAGCUAGCUAACGUGCUCAUUUCUAAAUUCAAUUUCUUGUUCUAGCUUUCUGUUAUGUUUCGUAAAAAAGUAGUCUUGAUUAUCCCGACCUGUCAAUCAGCCCUAGAAUGGUCGAUAGACUGGUUAAGCGAGACUAAUUUCAAAACAAGGGCACGUAACCUAUCUUUUACUCAAAAGUGUCUGGAUGUUAUGGACGACACAUGGAACCAGUUUUCAGUCUAUUAUUUAUAGAUGAUUAAUGGUCAUAGCUUAUUAAGUACAACAUGAUCGUUUAUUUAGUGACUAUAAUUGUGUGAAACUGAUUUGAGGCUUGGCAUAUAUAUAAAUAUUGUGGCGAAAUUGUCGAGAUAUAUGGAGAUAUUUAUUUAUGGUGGGUCACCCUAUCAUGUGUCCAAAUGUUGUAUCUUGAUUUGUGGAAAUUUUAAAAUGCAAAAGGUUCUAUUUCUUAAUCUUUCAAAAUUCUUGGAUACACCCUCUUGACACUUCACCAACGAUAUAUAGUAGAGAAUGAUCGGUUGAUGAAUUGUGGUUUAUGGAGGAAAAGAAUAUUGAUUGAGGCAUUCUUUACCAUGUUUUAUGGAGGAAAGUUGAAAGAUCUUACUGCUUGUAACUAUGUGUCUAAAACAAGACAUAGAUUAGGGAGGCAACAAUGACCCCACCAAAGUAGAAUGCAUAAUUAUAUCAGACAGGCCACACCAAUUUGAUUUUCUGUUCUUCAAAGUCUUGAUAUAUAAAUAGCCACUUGAAUCAUGUCAAUUUGGUUUCUAACUAAAUCUUUUUCUCAAAAAAAUAAGAAAAUUUUUACAGGUGAUCCUGGAGAACAGAAAAUCAAGUGAAGAAUUACAGUUCUGUAUUUUUCUCUCAUUAAUUUACAUGGUAUUAAAAACUCAAUAUGUAUAUAUUAUAGGAAAUGUAUAUUGGUAUAUUAUUUAUUGACAUAAAAGGGAUAAUAUUUAACUGACAAUAUUUAUAACCGGUUAUGGUAUUGGAACCAUUAUAAACCUGCAAUUGUAAUAUUACUCAAUUACCGAUACAUUUAUCCUGGUUUAUAAAACAAAGUAUUUGGGGGAAAAUAUGUUGAUGCUAAAACAGGAAACCUGCAUAAAUUUGCAUAAAAUGUAUUGGAACCCAUUACAUGUAUAUAUUUUAUAUAAGCAAAAUUUUCUUUUUACAAUAUUUUAGUGCAUAUAGAAUUAUAAUUAAUCUUUAUCAACAUGAUAUAUCCUAAAUCAGCGUGGUUAUUCUGGAGCAGAAUUUAUGAUGUAAUUCUAGUUCCGUGAACAUUUUACAAGACACAGUGAUUAAUUAUAACUUUAAUCAUUUUAACAGAUGGCACUAUAUGGUAGCUGAUAGUGGCUAUGUAAAAUCUGGUCUUCAAAUAUAUAAACACCUCAGAAUUUAUGAAACUGACUCUCAUGAUUUUUUUAAAUUGUGAAUUUUAAGUUAUUGUUUACUUAAACAUUUAUAUCUAAAGAAAAUAUUAAAUGGAAUUGAUCUGAUAUGUUGCUGCUAUGUGGUUAAAUUAUCUUUUUAAAAAAUGAACUCUGCUGGUUGUUUGCAAUCAAUUUGUGGCAUUAUGUGAAUGCAUGACACUUUAAUAAACUACUAGUUUUUGCCAUGCAUCUUAUAACAUAUAACUACUAGUAUUUUGUUGUUGAUUAUCAAUAACAGGGAGAUUACCUAUCACUGUACCUUCCAAAAAAAUGACCAAGGCCAUUUUUGUUUUGGCUAAAUUGUUAUAUAUCAACGUUGGCUUGGUCUACAGAUGUAAAAUUUUGAAUGAAGACAGAUUGUAAUUUUCCAAACCACAUUUACACAAAAAAGGCAAUCAAAUUAACAUCAUCAGUGUUCAUCCAAAUUAAAUUCAGUAUGUUGAAAUAUGUUGAGUUUCAUCCACCUGCUACUAAAUAGACAUCUGACUUAAACACAUGAUUGUAUGUCCAAAUGGUAAAAUUAUUGUUUAAUUUGUGGUUGUAUUUAGCUAGUAAACAUGUACAAGGAAUAUGUCUAUUUGUACAUAAUAUUUCAUUGAUACUAUAUUGUAUAUUCUGUAUGAGGGUCAGGAAUUACAUCAAAAUUCUGAGAGUACAGGUAAAUAGAUCAAAUAAAACAAUAAAAUCUAAUUAAUAUUGAAACUAUGUUUAUUUUAAUUUAGUCCUAGAUAUUCAAAUUACUGGAAUAAUAUUUACUCUUACUUGAAGACACCAGUUCAUUUUUCACACAGAUUAUUUAAUGACCAACAAAUUCUAAAGUAAUAAUAAUAAAUAAUAAUGUAUAUUGAUAAUGCGCUUAAUAAUCCAUCCAUAUACACAUGCUCAAAGCGCUAUAUUUAAGGAGUCUCUCAUCAAUUAAAACACACAUAAAACAAUCCGUUUCUAAUCUGGAUAAGAGAAUCUAAACAAAUGAGUUUUUAGCUGUGACUUAAAAACUGAAAAUUUGAGAUUCUCUGUAUGUCAAACAUCAGGUUCAGGCAUACCUGCAGUACAUCUUUGAUAAGUAGCUAAUCUGGCCCUCAUUCUAUUCAUAGAAGCGUGUUGGUUUAUAACUGCAGUUUUUUCAUUCUUUGUCACAUGUUGUUGAAAUUUCAUCAGUUUUAGAUUUUCCAUCUGCAGCCUAACCCUUGAAUCUCUGUUGACGAGAGUUGGGCCACUUGUUGUGGGGUUAAGAUUAAAGUUACGGCGUAACAAUUUGUUACGCUUGGUGGUGAUUACUGUGUGCUCUAGUGGAGACUUUUCUGUCUUAGCUUCUGCAACCUUGUAAACAUUCUCGCUUCUUGAAUGAACUCCAUUAGCUUUCAUUGCUUUAUCAACAGGGUCCAUAAUGAAUAUUUCAAAAGUAUAUAUUGGUUCUGAAAUAAGAAUAUAGAUUGUGUUGGUCUAAGAAUAAACUCUAGCAAAAUUUCAAGUUGCACAUUCA